AUGAGUGCUUUAGUUAACUACUUCCCUUCAAGGUAUGACCCGGUUCGCCAUGCAGAGAAGUAUCCAACUCCACCUGCAGUCUGCUACGGAAACCGUGAGAGGUGUAUUAUUGAGAAAGAGAACAACUUCAAGGAGCCUGGAGAUAGAUACAGUUCCUUCACACCAGAGAGGCAAGAACGUUUCAUCGGUCGAUGGAUUGAUGUUCUAUCAGACCCUCCCAUCACACAUGAAAUCCGCAGCAUCUGGAUAUCUUACUGGUCCCAGACUCCCAGGCUAAUAAGUCACUGGGACAGAAGCUGGCAAGCCGUCUGAACGUGAGACCAGGUAUCUAAAACGAGUGAACAAGAUUCUCGAUUGGUCGUUGUGUGGUUCCAACAGACAAGAGAAGAAAGACGGGAAGAGAUCAGACCAAAACAAAAAAAAACUUCUGCUGUGUUGUGACCUUAGUCUUAUCUAUUUUUAUGAGUUAAAUUACAACUAUUCUUUUACUAUACCUAUUUGAUAGUUUUACAAAUAUGUAAAAAUGUGUUUAUAUGUUACAAUGAUACCCAAAGCCAAGGUUUCUUCUU